AUGUGUCGGACACGGUGGAAAGGAGAUUACGAAGAGACGUGUAUUCUCUGCUUUCUGCCACUGACUUCGCAGAUGGAGUGGUGGCCAAGGUGUGCGCCAGACGAAAGACAAAGGUUCAAGCACAAAGAAAAUAGAAACGGCAAUCAUUACACAUGUCCUUUCGCCAUGUCACGAGGUGAAUUUCAAACGCGAAGGGUGCCGCAUAGUAGGCGCACAAGAGCAAAGACGGAAACAACAGUGGACUGUUUUAUUUGUUUUGAUGAAAUAGUUAGCAACGAGAAGUACGCGUUCGACAUGCCUUGUUGCGCAAAAUUUCUGCAUUUAAAGUGCUGGGAGACGUUGGAUACCGUGAAGAACGAAAGUGAACAUAAUGCAUCAUGUCCGAUGUGUCGGACACGGUGGAAAGGAGAUUACGAAGAGACGUGUAUUCUCUGCUUUCUGCCACUGACUUCGCAGAUGGAGUGGUGGCCAAGGUGUGCGCCAGACGAAAGACAAAGGUUCAAGCACAAAGAAAAUAGAAACGGCAAUCAUUACACAUGUCCUUUCGCCAUGUCACGAGGUGAAUUUCAAACGCGAAGGGUGCCGCAUAGUAGGCGCACAAGAGCAAAGACGGAAACAACAGUGGACUGUUUUAUUUGUUUUGAUGAAAUAGUUAGCAACGAGAAGUACGCGUUCGACAUGCCUUGUUGCGCAAAAUUUCUGCAUUUAAAGUGCUGGGAGACGUUGGAUACCGUGAAGAACGAAAGUGAACAUAAUGCAUCAUGUCCGAUGUGUCGGACACGGUGGAAAGGAGAUUACGAAGAGACGUGUAUUCUCUGCUUUCGGCCACUGACUUCGCAGAUGGAGUGGUGGCCAAGGUGUGCGCCAGAAGAAAGACAAAGGUUCAAGCACAAAGAAAAUAGAAACGGCAAUCAUUACACAUGUCCUUUCGCCAUGUCACGAGGUGAAUUUCGAACGCAAAGUGAUGGCUGGUAUAGUAUGUGCACAAGAGCAAAGACGGAAACAACAGUGGACUGUUUUAUUUGUUUUGAGGAAAUAGUUAGCAACGAGAAGUGCGCGUUCGACAUGCCGUGUUGCUCAAAAAUUCUGCAUUUAAAGUGCUGGGAGACGUUGGAGACCGUGAAGAACGAAAGUGGACAUAAUGCAUCAUGUCCGAUGUGUCGAACACGGUGGAAAGGAGAUUACGAAGAGACGUGUUUUCUCUGCUUUCUGCCACUGACUUCGCAGAUGGAGUGGUGGCCAAGAUGUGCGCCAGAAGAAAGACAAAGGUUCAAGCACAAAGAAAAUAGAAACGGCAAUCAUUACACAUGUCCUUUCGCGAUGUCACGAGGUGAAUUUCGAACGCGAAGGGGUGGCUGGCAUAGUAGGUGCACAAGAGCAAAGACGGAAACAACAGUGGACUGUUUUAUUUGUCUUGAGCAAGUAGUUGGCAACGAAAAAUAUGCUUUCAACAUGCCUUGUUGCUCAAAGAUUAUCCACUUAAAGUGCUGGGAGACGUGGGAGACGGUCAGGAAAGAAAGUGGACAGAAUCGAUAG